AUGGACGAGGAGCAGCGUAAUGAGAAGUUCGGGAUGGACAACGACUACGAGGGGGGCCAGUGGAUCGAUGGAGAGUUCUUCUACACCAAGAAAAAGGCCCGCCGGGCGCAGACCAAGGAGGAGCAGCUGUACGGCGUGUGGGGCUCCAGCGGCGAGGAGGAGGCCGACGAGGCCGGGGGCUUCGGCCGGCGGAAGAAACAGCGGCGCGAGGGCGGCAGGACGGACUACAAGGCUCCCGUGGGGUUCGUGAGCGCUGGGCGCGUGGGAGGCGACGCCGAGGCGGCGAACGACGCGCCGGCCGCGGCCCCCGAGCGCGGCGGGCUAGGUUCGGGCAUGGCGGGGCUCGGGUUCACGAAGGGUGGCGUCCAGAAGCCCGAGGACGAGCCGCCGGGUCCACGCGGGGCCGAGGUGUCCGCGCCGCUGUCCGCGCAGGCCGCCGAGGCGUCGCGCGAUGACGACGAGCCGGCCGUAUUGCCAACAGACUUCGGCCGGCGCAUCCGGCAGGCGGCGGCGGAGGAGGCGGAGCGGCGCGAGGCGGAGCGGCGCGUGGCGGAGGCGCGCGGGGGCCACGGGGAGUUCAGGGGGGUGGGGGAGUUCGAGAAACACACCAAAGGCAUCGGGGCGAAGCUACUGGCGAAGAUGGGGUACAAACCGGGUCAGGGCCUGGGGCGCGCGAAGCAGGGGAUAGCGUCGGCGAUCCAGGUGAAGAUGCGCCCGAAGGGCAUGGGGAUGGGGUAUAACGACUUCCAGGAGGCUGGGCAGUUGAACAAGGCGGCGGAGGAGGGCGCGGACGCGGGGGGGGGCGUCGGGGAGGCGGUGACGGUGAUCGACAUGCGCGGGCCGCAGGGGCCGAAGGUGCUCAAGAACCUCGAGGGCCUUUCGAAGGACGCAGACGACCUGGACACGCCCGCGGCGCCGCGGGGCUUCCUGCCGGAGGUGCGGCACAACCUGCGCCUCUUGGUCGACCUAGCGGAAGCCGACCUGUCGAAGUUUUCGGGGCAGCUGCGGCGCGCGAAGGACACGGCGCUGGUCCUCGGCCGCGAGAAGGACCGGCUGCGCGGCGAGCUGCAGGACGCCGAGGAGUCGGCGGACGCGCACCGGGCGCUGGCGGGCCAGUGCAGGGCCGUCGAGUCUGUCGCGAAGGCGCUGGCGAGGACCGCAGUGUCCGCGGCGGGGGCGGACGGCGGCGACGCGUCGGGGGCGGCCGUCCGCGCGCUCGAUGCGCUCGCGGACGCGUACGAGCGCAUGCUGCGGGGCUUCCCUGCGGAGUACGCGACGUACGGGAUGGGGCGCGCGGCAGCGGGGAGGGCGCGGCCGCACCUGCGGGCGCUGAUGAGCGGGUGGGCGCCGCUGAGCGAUCCGCGGCGCGGCGUGGAGGUGUGGCGGCGGUGGCGGGCGAUCGUGGACCCGGGGAGCGGGGAGGCGGGGCCGCUGACGCGGGGGGGGGGAGUGAGGGACCCGUGGGCGGCGUUGCUGGCGGAAGCGGUGCUCCCGCACGUGCGUCACGCGUUCACGACGUUGUGGAGCCCCAAGGACCCGGAGCCCGCGCUCCAGCUCCUGGAGGCGUGGCAGGGCGUCAUGCCGCCGUCGGGCACCCGCCACGUCAUUGACGCUCUCAUCCGCCCGAGGCUCCGUCGAGAGCUCGAGGCGUGGGAUCCGCGCGGCGACCCGGUGCCCCUGCACGCCUGGGUGCACCCCUGGCUCCCGCACCUCGGGUCAGACAUGGAGGAGUUCUACCCAGGCAUUCGGCACAAGUUUUCCACCGUGCUUGCCGAGUGGCAUCCGUCCGACGGCUCCGCGCUCGCGGUGCUCGCGCCGUGGCGCGCGCCGUUCGGGGAGCGCGGCUGGGGCUCGCUCAUGCAGCGCUCGGUGCUCCCGAAGCUCGCGGAGGCCCUCCGCGCCCUGCAUGUCAACCCCGCAGCGCAGGACACGGCGCCGCUCACGUGGGUGCUCGCCUGGGAGCCGCACGUCGCGCCCGCGGCGCUCGCGCAGCUGCUCGAGGCCGAGCUGUUCCCGAAGUGGCACCAGGUCCUCGACCACUGGCUCCGCGCGUCGCCAAACUUCGGCGAAGUGACUCAGUGGAUCAACGGGUGGCAAAGCCUGUUGCCGGAGCGCCUGCUGCAUCAGGAGGGCGUCCGACGGCACUUCGCGGCCGCGCUGGACGCGAUGAACCGCGCGCACGCCACCGGGGACCCCGGCGGCGCGCCGCCCGGCCCGCGCCCGCGCCCCCGCCGCCGCCGGCGCAGCCUCAGGCGCCGCGGCGGGCGGCGCCGGCGGCGGAGGUGGACGCGGCGAAGCUGUCGCUGCGGGAGCUGGUGGAGACGUUCGCGGAGGAGCACGGGGUGGAGUUUUUGCCGCGGCAGGGGCGGACGGAGGGAGGUUUGCAAGUGUGGGCGUUUGGGAGGGUCAGCGUGGUGCUCGACAGCAUCGCGCAGGUGGUGCGGGCGCACGUGCGCGGGUCGUGGCAGGCCGUGUCGCUGA